GCAGCCUGAUUUACAAGAUUCAAGUGCUGGUAAAGUCACACUGACAGAAGUAGGGAGUUCAAGCACAGGAUCAAGUAAGAAAAUCUCAUAUAGUAUUUCGUCACAAGCCUCCGUCUGGCUGUCAAAAUCCUCUUCCUGGUCCCUCUGUUACAUCUGUUAUUUCUACAUCAAAUAGCAUGGCUUCAGGGUCUAGGAACUACAAUGGGAGUCGGUAUGGUUUAAGAAAUUUAAGAUGCAACUCAAUAUCUGAUGUUAUCCCACGAGGUGGUUCAGCCUCAGAAUCUAAGGUUAAGAGGGAUGUUUUAAGAAAAAGAAGUCCUGAAGCACAAAGUAGUACAUCUUCUUCAGGAAGAAGAGGUAGCAUGGCUCGUUCUGAAGAUGGACAUGUCUCCGCCUUCAAUACAGGAAUCUCUGUCACUGGCUCAAGACAUGGUAGAAGCUGGGUUUCAAAUAGUGAUUCUCACACUGCACCUCUGAGGACUCGGAAGGCAUUGAACUCAAAUACUAGGAUUGGGCUUUCAAAUCUUGACAACAGAAAUGCUUUAUUAACCAGUGAAUCCAGUAGCGGUAUUGCACAAUUAUCUAGACCUGAAACUCCUAAUAGUGCUAAUUUACAUAGUUUAUCUUAUCAAUCUUCCAUGGAAGGUUCUUCAAAUGCUUCAAGCUCCUGUAGACUAUCUGCGAGAACUGGUAUAAUGUCCUUGACGCCCACAGAACAUGGUAUUACUCAUGCUUUGCGGCGACUAACCUGA